UCAUUAGUAUAUUUAGUCCAACAUAAAUACAACAAAAAGCACUACGCGUUAAAACGUCAAAAACCCGAAACAAAAUACACAUAUGAUAAUGAAAUAAAAGUUCUCGAAGACAUAGGCAACAAUCCCUAUAUACCAAAAUUAUAUUAUUACGAUUAUUAAAAUAUAGUAAUGGAAUAUUCUAUAAAUGGCGAAUUAUAUUAUUAUAUUAGCCAAUAGAGUUAUUUAUUUGAUGAAGAUUUAGCAAGAUUCUACUUUUCCCAAAUUUUGAAUGUUCUCGAGUUUUUACAUUCCAGUGGUUACUGUCAUAGAGAUAUAAAACCCGAGAAUAUACUUUUGGAUGAAUUUUUUAAUAUAAAAUUAGUGGAUUUUGGGAUGUCAUGUAAUUAGGAAAAUUAUAACGAAAAAAAUCUUAAUUAUUUUGUAGGAACAAAAAGCUAUGCUGCACCUGAAAUUAUACAUAAAAUUCCUUAUAAUGGAUUUAAGGUCGAUAUUUUUGCUUUAGGAGUGAUUUUGUUUUGUAUGGUGAGCGGAUUUCCACCUUAUUAUUAAAAAGCAGCGAUAAAUGAUCCUUAUUAUAAGUAUUUUGCGGAAAAUGAAAAAGAUUUAUAUUGGAAUGUUAUUUAAGCUAAAUUUAAUAAGUGUUACUCGAUAGAAUUUAUUUGCUUAAUUAAUGGAAUGCUUGAGUUUAAUCCAGAUGAAAGAUUUUCUUUAUAAGAUAUUUUUAAUGAUUAAUGGCUUUAGAAAGGAAAUCUAAUUUCGAAAGAUGAGGUUAUUAGAAGAAUGUAAAUAAUAAAAUAAAAUAUAAAUUUUUAAGGCGAUUUUUGA